AGUCACAUCACUCCCAGUAUUUACUUUUUGCUACCACGGUGAUUUCUGUCUUUGGGUCAGUUACCGUUAGACCUUCUUUCUGAAAGCAGCCUCAAACUUUGCUGAGCUUCUACAGCACUCUGACAACAUGUGCACUGGAAAAUGUUCCCGUUGCAUCGCCGUCACUCUGUACCCAUUAGCUCUGAUAUCCAUCAUCUGUAACAUCGUGCUGUUCUUCCCCGGCGGGGACAUCAAGUACGCCAAAGAUGGACACAUUACCGAGGAGGUGAAAUACAUGGGGGGACUCGUCGGAGGAGGAAUAAUGGUGCUGCUCCCCGCGCUGUACAUCCACCUGACUGGAAAGCAGGGCUGCUGUGGGAACCGCUGCGGGAUGUUCUUAUCCAUUGCCUUCGCUGCAGUGGGUGUGGCCGGCGCUCUGUACAGCUUCAUUGUGGCGGUGCUCGGUCUGCAGAACGGGCCCCUCUGCAAAGUCAUUCUGAUUUGGUCGACACCUUUCAAAAACAGUGAUAGAAGUUACCUGACGGACAACACCUGGUGGUCCUCGUGCACAGAGCCUAAGGACAUCGUGCAGUUCAACAUCGGCCUGUUCGCUACUCUGCUGGCCACGAGCGGUCUGCAGCUGAUCCUCUGCGCCAUUCAGAUGAUCAAUGGGCUCUUCGGCUGCCUGUGUGGCACCUGUGCAGAGAAAGGGCCGCUGUGAGUGUGGGACGGAUGACCGGCGCCCUCUGCUGGAGGAUGGAGAGAAGUGUUCCUGCUGCAAAAUAUUCACUUUCACAUUUUUAUACUUUUUGCAUGUUUUUCAUGAGGCUAAAGGCUCCGUUAUAAUACCAAAAUACAUCUUUAAUGUUUGCAUGUAUUGUUGUGGAAUUGGCACAUUAUUGAAACAAUUAAUGCUUAUUUUGUGAUUUAAAAUAAAUUGUUUUUAAUAUAA